AUGAGACCACAACCCAAACGCAUGGGAUCCAAUCGCAACAUGAUGACUACGAUGCAACCGCCCAAGAACAAGCUCCAAAGUUUGGCCGAUGAUUUUGUUCGAUCCUCCAUUGUCACGGCGCUGCAGCAACAGGGUGGGGCGUCUGGUGUGGUCUCAAGGAACAUUAUCCCAGUAGCACCAGCGGCUGACCCCGUUUCCAACCUGUUGGCGGCUGCUGGGGUCGCUCAUCCCGGAGCCUUGGGCCGAAUGCCACCGGCACGCACGGUUUCUGCCAAGGGUAUUGGUGGUCAUGUUGCUGCUGCGUCUCCUCUUCCUCCAAAACAACAACAACAACAAACACCAAAGCUUACCAGUACUAUGAUCCGAGCCAAGCUAUUGUCCGCCUCCUCUCGUAAUCUGGCAACCAGGCGGUCUUUCGAUCAAACUGAGUCGACUGUGGACUCUGAAAUCGACGAGGUGGCUGCCGCUGCAGGGGUCAAUCUACGCAAGGUGCAGUCUCUUGGUGAGUUGAGUGUUUCUUCGACGUCGACGCAGGAGAACAUGAACAAGCUCGCCACGAGCCAACGACAGCUUUCCAGCGCGGGAUUGGCCCGUCUACGGGCUACAUUGCGAUAG